UGGGAGGAGCAAAAGCAGCGGCAGGAGGGGUGAGGGAGGAGGAAGCGGCGGCGGCUGUCGAUGUCGAUAUAGAUUCCCUUCGCCGUCGCAUGGGAUUGAAUUCUCCACGUCCAGGUACUCGACCUCCAAAACCAUGGGAGGGAGCUGUGAGUUCAUCUGGUCGUGCACCAUUUAAGCCACCAUCCCCCGGGAGCACCCCUGAUGUUGUGGAAUCAUCUGAUGCAAGGUGUCGUGAAUUUCUUCCAUCGGAUAUCGAUCCUUAUUUAUCAGAAUACUCAGUCCAUGUCCAUGACUGCUCUCCUCCAGCUUUUUGAUCGUUCUGGAUUGUUAUAUGGCGAGCUCGCGAGAUUUGUACUGAGAAUAUUGGGUUUCCGAACGAGGCCUAGAAAACAUUGACGAUUGCGACCUGGCAAAGUUCCUCCCCCUUCCGGGCAGCAUUUCCUCGAGGGACCAAAAGCUUCUUGCGGAUCGCUGGAUGGUGUUCGGGGUGUUGAUGUCAAGGGAUCGAGUUAGACCGAUGUCAAAUUCAUCAAAGUCAAGCAUAUGGAAGCCAAAAGCAUGUGCCCACCAUGAUAAUAUUCACUCAGUCAUCAAGAAGGGUCUGAUUCCUAUCAUUAAUGGGCAGUAGCUGUGUAAUUUGUUCCCAUCUUUCUUGUAUGAGAUGUGUGACUACAUUUUGGUGAGUUCCGAACUCUUCGGUUUAUGUGUUUCUUUGCCAAGUUUGUAGAUCUGUGGGUGAGUGGAGAAAACAUGGUCGACUUUGUGGGAGUCAUGCUAAUUCUGAUUCAAGGCUGUGCAUCCUCAAGAUGGAUAUAUGAAGUAGAUGAUUAUGUCUGGAGGGUUUUUGCACAGCCUAAAUACAAUGGUGUUGGGUUGGAUCAGAAUUGGACUUCA